UCCGGCCUGGGUGUGCUCCGGAGGGGGUGGCACCAUGAAGCGUGCGGGGACUCUGCGUCUGCUCUCGGACCUGAGCAACUUCAGCGGCGCGGCCCGGCUCCGGGAGUUGCUGGCCGGGGACCCAGCGGUCCGAGUCCGCUGCAGCGCGGACGGCCGCCACCUGCUGCUGCUGCGACCCCCCGGGGCGCCGGCCCCGCAGCUGCUGGUCGCGGUGCGUGGACCCGGCUCGGAACUGGAGCGUUCCUGGCCGACCGGCCAGCCCUCACCACUAGACGCCUUCUUCCUGCCGUGGCCGGCGCGACCUGCGCUGGUCCUGGUGUGGGAGAGUGGCCUAGCCGAGGUGUGGGGCGCGGGGGUGGGGCCUAGCUGGCGGCUACUGCAGAGCACCGAGCUGUGUCCGGGCGGUGGAGCCCGCGUGGUGGCCGUGGCGGUGCCCCGAGGCCGCCUGGUGUGGUGCGAGGAGCGUCGGAUCGGUACUGAGGGCCGGCUUGGUCCACCUGCAGCCGCUUUCAGCCACUGCGUGUGCCUCCGCACCCUGGAGCCCAGCGGGGAGGCCAGCACCAAUUUGGGCCGCACACAUGUCCUGCUACACCACUGCCCCCGUUUUGGGCUGCUGGCCUUCCGCAAAGACCUGUUCCUGGUGCCCACUGCCACCACCUGGCCUGGUGUGGCCCACAUUCUGCUCAUCUGGAGCCUAGGCAAGGGCAAAGUGAUGGUGGCUGCCCCAUGUCUUGGCCUCUCCCACAGUAAGAGCCUGAAUCCAGGACGAGGGGACACAUGGGACUUCCGGACCCUGCUACGAAGCCUUCCUGGGUUAUUGUCCCCCAGGGAGCCAUUGGCUGUACAUACCUGGGCCCCAACUCCCCAGGGCCUGCUGUUGCUUGACUUCAAGGGCACUGUGCACCUAGUGCAGUCCCACGGUGGUACCCGGACUGUGGGCACUCUGCAGGAGGCCCCUGUAGGCCUUCAGGGAUCUGCAGCCCUGGGAACAUUUCACGGCACUCUGGCUUGUGUGCUGGGCUCUACCUUGGAACUGCUGGACAUGGGCAGUGGGCAGCUGCUGGAGAGGAAGGUCCUAAGUACAGACAGAGUACAUAUGCUGGAACCCCCAGGCCCUGGCAUGGAGGAUGAGUCAGAGCUGGACACCCGAGGGGGUCUUCGUUUGCUUUCAGCCUUGGGUCUGUUUUGUGUGGGCUGGGAAGCCCCCCAGGGUGUAGAGCUGCCUUCAGCCAAGGACCUCGUGUUUGAGGAGGCCUGCGGGUACUACCAGCAGCGGAGCCUGCGGGGUGCCAAGCUCACCCCAGAGGAACUGAGACACAAUAGCACAUUCCGGGCACCUCAAGCUCUAGCCUCCAUCCUCCAGGGCCACUUGCCCCCAUCUACACUGUUGACCACAUUGAGGGCUGAGCUUCGGGAUUAUCGAGGCUUAGAGCAGCUCAAGGCUCAGCUGGUGGCUGGGGAUGAUGAGGAGGCUGGCUGGACUGAGCUGGCAGAGCAGGAAGUGGCUCGCCUGCUGAGGACCGAGUUGAUAGGAGACCGUCUGGCCCAACUCAACACUGUUUUCCAAGCCCUUCCUACAGCAGCCUGGGCUGCCACCCUUAGGACCCUGCAGCUCCAGCCAGAUGGGAAUGGCAAGCUAAGGUCUCAAGCUCCACCAGAUGUAUGGAAGAAGGUGCUAUGGAGUACAACACCUGGAAAUGAACCCCCUAAUGGGAUACUGCCCCCCUUUGAACUCCUGUGCCAAUGCCUCUGCCGGUUGGAGCCUCGAUGGCUGCCACCCUUUGUGGAGCUGGCACAGCAGCAGGGUGGGCCGGGCUGGGGGGCAGGGAGCCCGGGGUUGCCCCUGUAUCGCCGUGCCCUGGCAGUGCUAGGUGAGGAGGGGGCCAGGCCUGAGGCACUGGAGCUAGAGCUGCUCUUGGGCAGUGGGAGACCUAAAGCUGUGCUUCAAGCUGUAGGGCAGUUGGUGCAAAAGGAACAGUGGGAGCGGGCUCUGGAUGCUGGCCUGGCCCUCGGCCCUUCCAGCCCUCUGCUUAGGAGUGAGAUCUUCAAACUGCUGCUGGCCGAGUUUGCCCAACACCGCCAGCUUGAUGCUCACCUCCCACUCCUUGGCCUCCUGUGCCCACCAGAACUGGCUCCAGCUGAGAUCCUGCUUCUACUGCGGACAUACCUUCCAGAUGAGGUGGGGCCCCCCACCCCAUUUCCUGAGCCUGGGGCAGAGGCUCCUCUCACUGUGGGCUUGCUCAGAACCCUGCUGGAGCAGACUGGGGCUCAAGGACGGCCCUCAGGCCCAGUUCUAAGUCUAUAUGAGGACAUCCUAUGGGACCCGGGCACUCCACCACCUGCUCCACCUCGGGACUUAUGACUACCCUCCAGGCAUCAGACCACUGAGGCCUAGAGGCUUGGGCACCAUCUGGACAAGGCCUCUGUGUGAUUGACAUAGGAAAUCAUUUCUGGGACACACUGAUCAGGGAAGGGUGCCUAGGAGUUGGAGGGGGCCGUGGUAGAAACUGUAUAUGCAAUCUCUUCUGUCUUCUGAAGCAAUUUUUAAGAUAUAUAUGUAUGCGUUAAAUAUAUACACAAUUUAAUAUAUA